UCAUGCGCAUUUACAAUAGGUUCAUAUCGAUUUACAGACCACUGUAAGAAUACUAAAUGAUUUAGUUUUAUAUACUUAUCGAACGAGGCUUAUAGUUGCGAGUAAUACUUAUUUGCAUUACAAUACAAAAAAUGACAUUAAAAGUGUUAAUUAUAUUUUGUGUAGUCUUUUUUCUCGGUAAAGCUCAAGAAGUUUCGAAACAACCAGGAUCAUUUAUGGAUGAAAAAUUGAUGAACUUGGGACCAUCUACGAUUCACUCUAUUAAGGGUAAGUUUUAUGAAGAAAAACAAAGAGAAAACGAUACAAAACCUAAGACUUAUAAUGCAAAUGUAACUAAAUUAGACCCUGUAGCAAACAUUGGUUCCAUACUACAUAAUAUUUUAACAAAUAAUGCAGAACAUAAUAACUUUAAUAAUGACCUACCAAGACAAGGUGAAAAGAUUAUUUUUCGUAGAAAUAAAAGUAGUUCAAAUAAUAAUGAUCUAAGAGAACCAAUGCCACAAACUACCAACAGCCAGAACUCUUUUAAAUCCGAUUUCCCUAAGAAAUUACAGAAGACACAAAUAAAUAACUCGGAUCCAUCAAUGAUUUUACAUACCGAACAUUUAGUAUCAAGCCACGACAAAAACAACAGCAUUGAAACAAUAAAAAAAGAGUUAGUAUUUGACUCUCUGUCAAUUAAAAACGAUUUCAAUAAUUAUGGAAUGUCUCCUACAAAUGAUGUAAUGAAUUCGUUCGUGGGUCAAGAAAUUAAUCCCGAAGCAGAUAUAGUUCACAGGCCAAUCACGAUGCGACUCGAUGAACCUGGUAGAAGAUUCGAAACCAACCCAUAUUACCAACCCAUACUAAACGAUCCUUUUAAAGUUCCCAUAAUGAAUGAGAAUAAUAAUACUCCAUUACCAAUCACUCCUAAGUUUGAGCAGACAAAUUAUGGUGAUAACGUCUUGCAUAACAGAAAUACAGACACCACAGUACCAUUAAGACACGAUAAUUAUAAUUUUAUAGAUAAAAGUACUUGUUACGAUAGAGACAGUGAUGAAAUAUUGGAAAGAAGCGGCAACGAAAUACAAUUAGUAAAAGAACCAACAAAAGGACUCGGUAUUUCAAAUGUGGGAAAAGCCCGUGUGAUGCUGAUAGAUCAUCCGCGAGUGUGCUAUGCUUGUAGCAGCAUAAGUGACCUUUCUUGUUGGGCACCCGACAGGACAACUUCUGUAAAGUAUUGUCGUGCAGAUCACCCAUCCUGCUUGACAAAACUUUAUAAAUAUAGAGGUUUGUCUUACAUUAUACGAGACUGUGGCAAAACUUGCGAGCAAAACUCUUUAGCUAUCGACUCCACAAAAUACACUGCUUGCACCAUCUGCCACCAUGACCUCUGCAACAGCGCACACCAUUUCGAAAUCCAGAACAUUACCAUUUUAAUAUUAUUGAUAUCCCAUUUGCUCAUAUUAUUGAAUGUUGCUAUUAAUUGAAUGCUUGGUCAAUGUAGGUAAAUAUUGCCCAUAAGUCCUACUAUAAUAAUUAUUGUAUACUAUAAUGUUAACAUUUUGAAUGGUGCCAAUUUUAAUCUAAAAUACAAUCAAAACAAACUAUUCCAUCACCUAAGUAUCAGUAUCGACUAUUAUAAGUGCGAAAGUAUGCUUGUUUUAGAUUUAUUGGUUUGUCCUUCAAUCACCUCGAAACAGAGCAUAGGAUCGAUGUGAUUUUUUGUAAGGUUAUAAUAAAAGAUCUUCGAGUGA